CAUUAUACAAUACCCACAAUCAUUGAUCUCUCUUCAACCUCCCCCCCCUGUUAGUUUCUACCUACAUUAUAUAAACACCCCCUCUCUUUCUUUCUUGGGGGUGCUGAUUCCCACUCUGGUCGAUCAUAUAUAAUCCUCUCAGCCUUCCCAGUUUAAUCUUUAGUUUCUUGUCUUGUGUCUUGUGUUGUGUUUUGGGUUGGCUACUUGGUUGGUGAGAUAUCUAUGGCGCAGUUACCUCCAAAGGUUCCGACCAUGACAUCAAACUGGCCGGACUUCAGCCACCAUCAAAAGAUGUCGACGUGUUUUGCGCCGCCAAAUGGCAAUGCGGCCUCCCAGAAUAACAACCCAUGUUGGGUCGACGAGUUUCUCGACUUCUCUUCUGCCCGGCGGGGGUCUCACCGGAGAUCCGUCAGCGACUCCAUCACAUUUCUCGAGGCGCCAAUGCAGGACGAAUGCCGGGUCUCCGCGGGAGCACUGCAACCCGAGCCGCCGACCCACAACAGCCACACUCGCAAUGUUCAUGAGUUUGAUAGGUUUGACGAUGAGCAGUUCAUGUCCAUGUUCACCACCGAUGAAAUCGCAGCCGCCGCCGCCGCAGGGUCGUGCUCGAACCCGUCGACGCCGUCGGAUCACAACAGCAUUAACGACGAGGAUCAGCAGCAGGGUGAUGAUGGUGGGCAGAAGAAGAAGAAGCGAGAUAAUAAGGUGAUGAAGCAUGAAUCUGAGGAGGCAGAGAGCGAGUGUCAAUUGGAGGCGCAACAAACCCUGAACGGAGAUAACAACAAUGCGUCGAACAACACCUCCGGCGAGAGAAAAAUCGACCCCAAAAGGGUGAAGAGAAUCUUGGCAAACAGACAAUCUGCGCAAAGAUCACGGGUGAGGAAGCUGCAAUACAUUUCAGAGCUGGAACGCAGUGUUACCUCUCUACAGGCCGAAGUUUCAGUGUUGUCACCAAGAGUUGCGUUCCUAGACCACCAACGGUUGCUUCUAAAUGUGGACAACAGUGCUCUCAAACAAAGGAUUGCAGCAUUGGCUCAGGAUAAGAUUUUUAAAGAUGCUCAUCAAGAAGCACUGAAGAGGGAAAUAGAGAGACUGAGGCAAGUAUAUCACCAACAAAAUCUCAAGAAGAUGGACAACAACAACACCAACAACAACAUUGAACAAUCACCAAACUCAGACGCCAUAACUGCUCAACAUCCUGAUAAUGCUGCUGCUGCUGCUGCUGAUCAGAAAGAACAACUUCUCAAUGUUUCUUCCUGAUUUUCUUCCUGGUGUUAUUUAGGUGCCUAAAGCAUGAAGCAAAUUAAUUACUACGAGUCUGGAACGGCGACUCAUACCAUCAUUUUCGAUGGUUCUAAUUCGCCUAUGUUACUAUUUGAGUUGCAUAUAUGCAAUGCAACCAACGGGUUUGAUAGUCUGGGGAAACACUGUCAAACACCAAAUUGUGUUUAGCAUACAAAUCUGACUCCAUUAGUAUUAUUGUGUUGGGUCAAUUUUAUAAGAUGGUCUUUGAGCUCAGUGGCUAGGAGGAAGUGACAGUAGUAGUGUUUCUGGGUUGCUCAAUUUCUGGAGCUAAAAUGUGGAGUCACGUGAUGUGCUGAGCUUUAGAGCUUAAAGAAGGGAGUCGGAAGGGACCACGGGGAUGAUGAAUGAUUGGAGUGCAGCAAAGGAACAUGUGCAGCUCUCGGCUUUAAGAAAAGGAAAGGAAAGCAGCAGACUUGACACUGUUGCGGGUUUUGUGAUGAUUCUUUCUUACUGGUAUCAGUUCUAUUUUGUGUUUGGAUCUCCAACUAGGUGUUGUAAGACCAACCGGAAAACUUAGAGGUCAUGUUUGGGAGG